UUUCGUCAGACCAGCAGUGACCCCUACAACCGGAAAGUUUCUCGAAGAGCGAAACACCCUCUGGGCCACAUCGUACGGCCGGAGCUGUUUUCUUUCGGGGCGCUGUAUUGCCACGUAACACCGGUGCUACUGAACGUAUGAUAUUUACCAGGUUUCGAGGUUGAAUUGUCGGAGACGUCAAACUCAUCAUGCCCCUCAAGUUGGACGUGAAGAGGAAACUCCUCGCUCGGUCCGAUCGCGUGAAGUGUGUCGAUCUGCACCCGACGGAGCCAUGGAUGCUGGCAAGUCUCUACAACGGCAACGUUCAUGUUUGGAACUGCGAAAGCCAGCAACUUGUCAAGACGUUCGAAGUCUGCGACUUGCCCGUAAGAGCUGCCAAGUUCGUACCACGUAAGAACUGGGUGAUCACCGGCUCGGACGACAUGCAAGUGAGAGUCUUCAACUACAACACCUUGGAGAGAGUGCACAUGUUUGAAGCCCACUCCGACUACAUUCGCUCCAUCGUGGUCCAUCCGACCCAGCCUUUCAUCCUGACCUCGAGUGACGACAUGUUGAUAAAACUCUGGAACUGGGAAAAGCAGUGGGCCUGUACUCAGGUUUUCGAGGGUCACACCCAUUAUGUGAUGCAGAUUGUCAUCAACCCUAAGGAUAACAACACCUUUGCCAGCGCCUCUCUUGAUCGGACGGUCAAGGUGUGGCAGCUGGGAUCCGUGACCCCCAACUUCACGCUGGACGGCCACGAGAAGGGGGUGAACUGCGUGGACUACUACCACGGCGGGGACAAGCCCUACCUCAUCUCAGGUGCAGAUGACAGGCUCGUCAAGAUAUGGGACUACCAGAACAAGACAUGCGUCCAGACGCUGGAGGGCCACGCGCAAAACAUUACGGCGGUCUGCUUCCACCCGGAACUGCCCAUCAUCAUGUCUGGCUCUGAGGACGGUACUGUUCGCAUUUGGCAUGCCAAUACCUACCGGCUGGAGAGUACGCUCAACUAUGGGCUUGAGAGGGUCUGGACAAUCUGCUCGCUUCAGGGGUCCAACAACAUGGCCCUGGGUUAUGACGAGGGAAGCAUCAUCAUCAAGCUAGGUCGCGAAGAGCCAGCCAUGUCCAUGGACAACUCUGGCAAGAUUAUCUGGGCCAAACACUCGGAGAUCCAACAAGCCAACCUGAAGGCAAUGACAGACACGGAAAUAAAGGACGGCGAGAGACUUCCCUUGCAAGUGAAAGACAUGGGAAGCUGCGAGAUUUACCCGCAAACCAUUUCUCAUAAUCCGAACGGGCGCUUUGUGGUUGUUUGUGGCGAUGGAGAGUACAUCAUAUACACAGCAAUGGCACUCCGAAACAAAAGCUUUGGCUCAGCGCAAGAAUUUGUCUGGGCACUAGACUCGUCAGAGUAUGCAGUCAGAGAAAAUGGCUCCACGGUAAAGAUCUUCAAGAACUUCAAGGAGAGGAAGUCUUUCAAGCCAGAUUUUGGUGCAGAAGGCAUCUUUGGAGGCUUUAUGCUGGGUGUAAGGUCUGUAAGCGGCCUUGCUUUCUAUGACUGGGAAUCACUGGAGCUUGUUCGACGCAUUGACAUUCAACCGAAGCAUGUUUAUUGGUCUGAGAAUGGUGACCUUGUUAGUAUUGCUACCGAGGACUCCUUCUACAUCCUCAAAUAUGAUCCGGAUGCAGUUGCCAAGGCCCGCGAAGCGAAGGAGGGUGUUACAGAGGAUGGCAUUGAAGAGGCGUUUGAUGUUCUUGGAGAGGUACAGGAAUCAGUCAAGACUGGGCUCUGGGUCGGCGACUGCUUCAUUUACACCAACAGUGUCAACCGCCUCAAUUACUACGUCGGUGGUGAAAUUGUGACCAUUGCUCAUCUGGACCGCACUAUGUAUGUCCUGGGCUACAUCCCCAAGGAGAGCCGCCUGUUCCUGGGAGACAAAGAACUGAAUGUUGUGUCCUACUCGCUGCUGCUCUCCGUCCUCGAGUACCAGACUGCGGUCAUGCGUCGCGACUUUGAGAUGGCAGACAAGGUCUUGCCCACCAUUCCCAAGGAGCAGAGGACCCGCGUGGCCCACUUCCUUGAAAAGCAGGGCUUCAAGGCACAGGCACUUGCAGUCUCGACAGACCCCGAGCACCGAUUUGAGCUCUGUCUCCAGCUGGGAGACACCAAGACAGCCCACCAGCUGGCCAUGGAGGCUCAGAGCGAACAGAAGUGGAAGCAGCUGGCAGAACUGGCUCUGGCACGGGGCGACUUUGCCUUGGCCCAAGAGUGCCUGCACAACGCGCAGGACUUUGCUGGUCUUCUUCUGCUUGCCACCUCUGCCAGCAAUGCAAGUAUGAUUGCCAAGCUAGCGACCAGUGCAGAAGCAAUGGGAAAGAACAAUGUGGCUUUCCUGGCCAAAUUCCUGCUGGGCGAUGCUGGAAAGGCCCUUGACGUACUGCUGGAGACCAAGCGGUACCCUGAGGCUGCCUUUUUUGCCAAGUGUUAUGUUCCCAGCCAGACCUCGCGUGCUGUCAAGUUGUGGAAAGAAGAACUCGCCAAAAUCAGCGAAAAGUCGGCCCAGGCACUGGCGGACCCGGAAGACUAUGAAAACCUCUUUCCUGGCCUGCAGGAGUCCAUCAAAGCCCAGGAGUUCCUCAAGAACCAGAGCCUGCCUGGGAAGGUGCCAGCUGCAGAGUUCCCAAAUGCUGUGCCCAACCAUGACCGGAAUCCAAUUGAAGAAAUGAAGGCUGCUCUAGCAAUGGGCACCUUCGUACCGACACCUCUUCCAUUAGGAGGCUCAGCAUCCCAUCCCGAAGCGAAGCCACACACUGCCGCAGCAACAGCAGCUCCACCACGGGAGGAUCCCAAGGGUAAAGACAAUGAUGAAGAUGUGGACCUUGAUCAGUUGGAGCGGGAGCUGGAGAGCGACAUUGAGAAUCUGGCAUUGGACGAAAACAUAGAAAAUAUUGACUACAAGCUGCCAGAGGACCUCCUCAGCGAUGACUAAUUUUUUUUUUUGCAUGGACUCUGCAGCAUUUUCGUUUUUUGUCUCCAAGCAUGCAUUCCGGGCAUGGCCUUUCUUGUACUGUAAAUUUGCACUGAAGUGUUGUAUUCCAAUAAAUGUACCAAACACAAACACUA